GAAGAAGAAGCGACGUCAUCAACAGCUUAUCACAACUCGCAUCAAGACCUACCGCGAUCCAAUCAGAUGAAUAAUCCUGAGGAGAAAAUAUGGGACGUCAAAAGAGCACUCGAACUACGCCAUACCAAUAGUUUACCAUGUAUGCAACUGAUAUCACCUGCUCAACGGAUUGCGGAAACAAGCACGACGACCGAUGACCUAGCGACUCAUCAAUUGCUAACGAAAUACUACGAUGGAUAUGCUUAA